AGAGCAUCAUUCGUCGUGAACUCUUCGAUAACCGCAGAUCAAAACACCAACCAACAAUCACCAUGAAAUUCCUGAUUGUCUUCGUCGCCCUCUUCGCCGUGGCUCUGGCUGCUCCUCCACAAAACCAAGAAGCCCAAAUCCUGCGGUCCGAGUCUGAUGUUGGACCCGAUAGCUUCAAAUACGACUGGGAGACUUCCGAUGGACAGGCUGCUCAAGCUGAGGGUCAUCUGAACAACGUUGGAACUGAGAACGAGUCUCUCGCCGUCCAUGGAUCCUACAGGUUCGUUGCUGACGAUGGUGUCACCUACGAGGUUAAAUACAUCGCCGAUGAGAACGGAUUCCAGCCCCAGGGUGCUCAUCUGCCCGUUGCCCCUGAGGCCUAAGUGAAAUUGUUCACAAUUCGAGCAGUUUUAUAGCCAUACAAUCCUUCCCAACUCCUUGUUAAUAGCCCCAAACCAACCCCAUUCCUGUUUUCGAAGGAUGGGAACUAAGUCAACCAACUCCAAUUGUUAAAUAUUAAAAGAAAAAUAAUUACCUGAA